GCCAAUUACAAAAAGGUUUCCAAGGGUUUCUGUUGAGUGACGUGGAAAUUGACCACUGAACUACAACUUUGUAGUUCACUGGCCUAUCAUAAGUGUUCUAUACUUUCAAGUGGGCGGGCUUUAGAACUAUCACUGGGAGAGGACCUCCUGGCCGCAGAAGCAAAGCGGAAAGAAAAUGGCGGCCGUGGCUGCGGAGCCAGGAGCUGCUACGGCAUCAACAACAACAACGGGGGACGGUGGUGAGCUCGAACCGGCGCCAGCUGUGCCGGGGGCCAAACUCGACUCCAGUGCAACGCAGGAUUACGCACCAGUAAUGGACCUUGUUCCCCAAAGCAAUGAUGGGGAUGCAGUUCAGGAAUGCAGCCAGGUCCAAAUGGAGCUAGUGAGCAGGCCAGACCUAGAAGCCGCGGGAAAAGCCCUCGCUGCUAGUUCAGAGGAUGAACACAUUCAGACGAGCUGUCUCGGGGUCGGCGUAGAAAAUGCCGAGAACCAUGCUCUCGAGGGCUGUGGUUCGAAACACACCACUAUGUCGAGGGCGGAACGUUUGAGACAGUUUUUUUCGCCGAAUGUUGAACCUGCAAAUGAGGUCAGUAAGCACGAGCCCUACGCCUGCCUUCAGAAUAGCUCCAUCUCCGAUACACAGCCAUCUGUGGUGUUUUUGCAUUCGUUCCCUGCGCAUCCCGUGGCUACGGAGGCUGGCCUGUCGAUAGCAGAACCGGCAGAGCCCAUGAUCGAUUACUGUCAGAACCCAGAAUUAACCCAACCUACUAAUGUCGCGUCUGAUUAUAGAGCUUUAAUUAAAACGACUCACGAGGCUGAACUGGAGUCCGAACCUGCGGAUGAUGUUCCCCCUGGUUCCGAGUACAAGGAGGAGUCGUCUGAAGAUGCUUCACUAGAACGUUCCGAGUACACAGAACAAGUCGACUCUAUACCAGUGCUAGAAAGGGAAACGGUCCUUGGAACACCCAUGGAGACUGGAUACAUUUGUGACUUUUCGAGCAUCACAGACCAGAACUCUCCGAGUCCCGAGCUUCCUGUAAUAUCAUUGGACCAGGUUCCCUCCGCAGAACUCGGUGACUCGCGCUCACCACAGAGGAGGUUAGAAAUGAAGUUCAAUAAGAGCGAUCAAGUAUCGAAACCCCCUCCCCCUUUGGCUGGUGGUGAAACUGAGGAGGUACAGUCCGAGAGUGUGGACAACCUGAUACCCGGGUCUGAGGUUCGAGUAUCUCUGGAUCACAUCAUCGACGACGCACUGGUGGUGUCUUUCCGGUUAGGCGAGAAGAUCUUCUCAGGGGUUCUGAUGGACCUCUCUAAAAGGUUUGGACCCUAUGGAAUUCCAAUCACUGUGUUCCCCAAGAGAGAAUACAAGGAUAAACCUGAAUCUAUGCAGCUGAUGGCAGAACCACUCCAGCAAGAUCCUGAGAAGGUGGAACAGCCAGUCCAGGAAAACCCAGACUGCCCAAUUGUCACAGCGGCCGAACCAAACACCGACCCCCAGCCCGAGAUUAACCAGUGGACUUCAAAACCUCCCCCGCUGUUUCAGGAGGGAGCGCCAUACCCUCCGCCUUUAUUCAUCAGGGACACCUACAACCAGUCACUACCUCAGCCGCCCCCACGCAAAAUCAAGCGGCCGAAGCGCAGGCUGUACCGCGAGGAGCCCACCUCCAUCAUGAAUGCCAUCAAGUUGCGGCCGCGGCAGGUGCUCUGCGACAAGUGCAAGGGCGCGGUCGCCACCGUCGACAAGAGGGAGCCGCGCAGAGGCCCGCUGUCGGACUCCCGGGGCGACGACGCCAGGCGACGACGCAACGACGGCUCCGCGCCUGUCAGCAAGCGUCCACGCAAUGAGCCUCGCUCCGAGGAGAAGGGGCGGGGCUCCGCAGAGGCGUCCAAGCGGCAGGCUUCGGGGAUACGCCAGGUGUCCUCUUCCUCCCUGGCGGGUCAGGUGAAGGGCGGGGCCGGAGCGAACAGGGUUCUGAGGGCGUCGUCCGCCGCCGCAGCUUCGUCGUCGUCAUCGUCGCCGUCGUCGUUGCCGUCCAACAGCAACCCCCGAGUCCAGCUCGGCGCCAAGAAAGUGCUGCAGAGCAAGAGCGUGGAUCACUCCAAGGCCCGGGAGGUGCUGAAAAUGGCCAAGGCCCAGAAGAGGCAGAGGGAAACUACGGUGGUCUCUGGCAACGCCAAGACAAUGACGAGGGCCGCCGCGCUGCAGGAAGCUCACGCCCACCAGAAGGUCCACUUCACCCGGCGCCUGCAGCAGAUCAGCGGGGUGGGACCGAGCAGCGCCCCCCCUCUCCCGCCCAGGAUGCGCAUCAAGCCCCAAAGGUACCGUAAUGAAGAUAACGACUCUUCUACAUGUAAGCCGCCUUGGCUCGAAAAAGUGCCGGGAAGUGGCCGUUUGUCCCCUCCAAAGCCAGGCGCGCCCCGCUGCAACUCCACGCGCUCCUCCUCCUCCUCCUCCUGCUCCACAGGCGAGGCCACUACUGCAGAAACCCAGGGCCCAGAUAACGGGCCAGAACCUGAGCUCAGUCCUCAGACCCAAUCCCAGCCCCAAGUGGAGCCCCCUACGGCCACGGAGCACAGCGACCCCAAGGCGGAGCCAGAGGAGCAGGGGGGGCAGGAGGAGAGGCGGGAGACGCGCGGCAGCAAGGCUGGCAACCUUGUGGUUUACAUGACCCUUGACCCGAGCCAGCCCGACUCCUCUAAUACCUCCAUGUGCAGCGUUGAUAGUGCAGACGACUUAAAGUCCUCAAACUCAGAGUGUAGCUCCACCGAAACCUUUGACUUUCCCCCUCCCGGUGAUUUGCACUCGCCCCCCACUGCCCCGGGCACGUCAUCGGCGGUUGCCGACCCCUCGCCUGCCCCCGCAGAAGAGAAAAAGCCCCGUAAAUCUCAGAAAGUAUUUUCCAAAAAUGUGUCCAAGUGUGUCUCUCUGGACGGCAGGACCAUUUGUGUAGGGGACAUUGUUUGGGCCAAAAUAUACGGUUUUCCCUGGUGGCCGGCCCGCGUCUUAGGCAUCCAGAUCAGCCGCAAAGAUAACGGGCUCUUAGUCAGGCAAGAGGCCCGUGUUGCCUGGUUUGGUUCACCCACCACCUCCUUCCUGGCACUUGCGCAGGUUGCCCCCUUUCUAGAAAGCUUCCAGUCACGCUUCGACAAGAAGAGAAAGGGCUUGUAUCGUAAAGCCAUCACAGAGGCAGCCAAGGCUGCCAAGCAGCUCACACCUGAGGUUCGCGCAUUGCUAACGCAAUUCGAGACGUGAGGUGGUGUGCUUUGGGGGCAAAGGAAAGGUAGGCAGAAAACGGUGUCCGCUUUCACCCCCCGCACCCCUCCCUGCUAGUCACCUGCCGAGCCCCCCCCGCCUUCCAGGGAGAAAGAAACAAAAUAUUUCAGGCCAAACAACCAGGACUGUUUUUGUCUAAACUUGAAAUGGGACUGAACGGGUUGGGGUUAUGAGCUGCGUAUAUAAAGAUGACAGUGUUUUUGUUUUUUUGUUUUUUCCCUUCCAAAUUUCACUGAAUUAUCCAACCUGGUGAAAAUCUGGACAUUUUAUAUUUUAGACAUUUUUAUCAACAGGUUGGUGAUUGGAUUGUUGUCCUUCUUAAAUGGAAGCCUUUUCACUCUGCAAAAAAGGUUUGCAGAGGGAACUCGAUUCAUUGAGUUCAGCUAAAUUGCUAAAAUCUGAGACAAAAAGUGUGUUUCUUUCAGUCUAUGCAACAACAGCUACAACAAAAAGAAACGGUCAGAUACUGUCAAUGGAAAGAUGCACGAUCUGAGCAGGUGUACAUAUUAUGUGUCCCUCCUGGUGGAUGACAUGCUGUAGCUGUGAUGUGACCAAGUGGACGGACCCUGGUGGAUCUGAAGAGGGCGGGCGCGUAGGGUCUGAGGUACCUGCUGUACCUCACUCAGAGCUGCCUGGCUGUGGGCGCAGGCGGGCCGCCGGCCCGGUAAUCUCUUGGUCAUGUGUGGCACAAUGCCAGCCAGGGCUUUCCAGACAGUUGAGCCGGGGCUUGUGAGGAGGUGCCUGUAAGCCAAAGUCACCUCAAGUGCCGCUCCUUGUCCUCUGAAAGCAGAAAUGGCUGGGAGGGUGCUACAUUGGCUGCCUUUUGGGUUCUCCUCACUCCCCCCCCCCCCCAGUUGGUUCUCCGACUGUGUCCUGUAGCGUUGACGCCUGAUGCUCUGCAGUGUUACCCGAGGCUGCUCCACGACUCCGAUCUUCCUAUCUAGCUUAGCUCCUUGGUUUUUUGCAUGCUGUUAUACAUAGAAUGUUGCCCAAUCGGCCCAUUGUUUUUUUUAAAUUUUAUUUUAUUGUCUUCACUGGGGUGGUGGGAGAGGGGGGGGGGGGGCAUUUCAAACAAAUAUUUUAGCUGAAAAGAAGUUAAUGGCUCGCCAUUACGACGAGAUUGAGUAGACUGACGAUGGCAUUGACGUGAUGGAUUUGGUCUCUCCUCAGAGGGCUUGUUUACAUUACGAGAGAGAAUAAAACACAAGAUAAACUUGGUUUGCGUAAUCAUUUCCAUAGCGUUUGAAUUCAAACUGAACUGGCAUGUUUGAGGCGUACCGUGCAGGAUUGUGGCCAUCCGUUGGUGGGAAAAUCAAGCAAUAUGUGUGCGCACAGACAGAAUUGUCUUCACACUUGCAAAUCUUCAGAGGGGCUCUAUUGAAAAUGUGGCACCAGUUACCUCAGAAGGUGGUCUGUCGAUAUCUGCAAGUUUACACGACAAAAUAAUCUGUUGUCUCAAGUCUUCUUCGAUAUGGGAAUGUAGCGUAAUGUAAACAAGCCCAUAGACGUGUGCUAUGGCAGUGACAACUUACAGGGAAUGAUAUUUUUUUGCUCAGUUAUUUUAUUGUACUAUGGCUUCGCCACGUCUUUUUGAAUUGCUUCGUAGUCCAGUGAUUUAUCUGGUUUCUCGAGUGUUCAGCUGUUACGCCACACUUUGAGUUUGGGGGAAUGUGUCUUUAUUUGGUGUGUCUGAACUUUAUCUUCUAUCAAUUCACUGCUACGCUAAUCUGACAUGACUGUGAAUUUUGAUUUUAUAUAUUAUGUACAGUACAAUCUGGAUCAAAAUUAUUUUUUUGGUCAAAUUUUAAAUAAUGGAAUUUAAGGAUGUUGUUUUGUUUAGAUGGUGGGGUUGGGGGGGGGGUGACAGACGUUACCUCUGCUGUUUUGUAAUCAUGGUUCACUUCAGAUUCGAGGAUUUCAAAAGUAAUGGGUGAAUUUCAGUCCAUGGUCCUAUCUGCCUGUCCACUCGAUGUCCAUGCAUUGUGGGACAACGGGUAAGACUUACAACCGCCUUAAGUUUGUCCUUCGGGCCCUGACGGGUGAUGAUUAGAGACCUAUUGCUUGGUAGAGCACACUGACCUGACCAUUAUUACAAGCAGAAAGUGUAUGGCGGUUGGCCCUUUUUUAUUUCUGACUUUAUUUUAGACUUUUAUCAUCUGUUUGCAGAUCAGAGAAUGCUGUAUAGGCGACAAACCCCUUGAAAAACUAACAGUUGGAAGAACACUUGUGUAAAUGUUUUCUGAUGUUUUAAAAAGUAUAUAAAUAAAAUGUCAACUACAAGAAUCUUACCUAGUUGUCUUCAUUUUAGUGCUACUGCCUCCAUUGACACUUACAAACCCAUUGCCAUUAAUACGCCUUCAGUUUUGCCUUGAAUCGCUGGAUCGUAGACGUUGACGGUCAUAUGGAAUUUUAGAAACAUCCUACUGUCUCUCCCGUCCAAAAUUGUGGCAUUUUAAAUUGACAAUGACUAUGCCUUUUAAACUCAGGCUUGUGGUCUUUUUAAAAACACCUACCAUUUUCUUCAAAAUGCUUGUGGGGCUUUUCUAAAAUGGCAGACUUAUAAAAUAAAUACGUGUUUGGCAGUCAAGCCCAUCUGCCGUGAAGUCAUUGGCACAUGAACGGCUACGGUAGGAAAUUACAAAAUGUCAGCGGAAACAUUCGGGAGCAAAUAUCCUUUGUGUUAUACUGAUUUUCUUACCUGCAAACAGAUGGACUGUAGGUUAUACAGGUCAUUUAUUUCAUUGGUCGAUGUCAGAGAGCCGUUGUUAAAGACUGAUGUCGCUGCGUCAAAGGAAAUGUAACUAACUGGCUCCCUGGCAUUUAAAGGCCUGGCAUAAUCAAAUUAGAUUUACAGCCCCCCCCCCCCCCCUGAUAUUUCCACACUACAGUUGGGAUUACACACUGAAAUUAUGAAAACUAAGAAUAAACUGCUGGGAUUUCAGACAGGCUGGGUUAGAAGGUACUUUGGCCAAAUGUGCAACUUUGAUUUGAUUAUGAUGGACCAAUGGCUGUCGUUCUUUCAACCAAUCAGGACUGUUUAUUUAAAUAUCAAAUCCAAUUUAUUUUAUGGAGCCCUUUUUACAUCAGCAGUUGUUACAAAGUGCUUUUACAGACAUCCAGCCCAGAAACAAUAUUGUCACGUCUUAGGAUAUUAUUUCUAACGCUUUCUGCGAUCGUACUGAGCAUUUCAAGAGCAAAAGUAAUUUCUGGGAAGAACAUAUUUUGAAGAUUUAUUUUGUAGUUAUAUUUGAAAAAAAAACAUGUUAAUGUGGUAGAAAAGAUUGAUUUAAAAAAAAAAAAAAGUGCUCCAAGGAGUCUUCGAUUAUUUGGUUAUACAAUAAAUGGAACUGCAAAAUAUUUUUUUGUUAGCCAUACAAGACAGCGUAGAUGAUAAUUUUUAUUAUCAAAAAACAAAAGACACCGUACAUCAUCUUUCUAAAGAGCGGCUUACACAUCACCCAAAUGCCACUAACUGACCCACACAGGAGCCAUGUAAGGUCACCUGGCUUCAAUCUCAAGGAAACAUUUGAAUAUUACGUUCGACUGGCAUACAUGCGAAUUCUUGAAACGUUACCACAUAUCACAAUUGUUGUUUUUCAAUGCCAGUCUUGGUUUGCCACCAUCGCGCAAAUGCUUGCUGGGCUGAGAUAACAUGCAGCACAACCACUCCAGUAGAUGUUCCUCACCAAGGCACAGUAUAUCUACCUCAGGAGGGUUCUCAGUUCCAGAAGUGCUAACGGCUAACCCUAACCCUUGGAGGGGGAGGUUAAUUCUUCAUUUCACUCAGUCACUGGAGUCUUAAAAACCUCAUGUUGUUGGCUAACUGGUGUGCAGUGACCUAUAUUCCUUACUGUGGGAACACUUCAGUAUUUGGCGCAUUUCCUGUCACAUAACAUAGGGGCCCUCAUGCUUUUUAAUUUCAGUGCUUGGACAGAAAACGGCCUUGCACUGAAACCGCUGAAUCUGCUUCUGUGAGGCCAAAUACAGAAAGAACGUGGCGUCUCAUUUGGAUGAAAAGAUCCCUGAUGUGUCCAUCUCUCUCUCUUCUCUUCCAGUGCUACAACCCUGAAGGGCUUCUGAUUGGUCCUUUUCCUAACACUGCCAUUGGUUGAGAGACUGUCAGACGGAAGGACGUGUCCAGAACUGGAGACACACACAUCAUGGACAUAAUUAUUUUUAUUUAAGUAUUGGAAGGAACAUUUCUAUAUUUAUAAUGAAUAGCAGACCUACUCCACCUCCGGGCCUAUCCAUCAUGCUGAGCAAAUACCAUUUGAUUUGUUUUUGAGCUGGCGUUCCACUUCUGCAAGCAUGUGACCUUUGUUUGAGCGAGGACAUCUGCAAUGUAGACAAGCACACGGAGGCUCCUCUGACCGUUAUUGAUAUCUGUUACGUCUAUAUACAUGUUGUGACAGGACACAGGAUUUUGCAGGGUUUUAUAGUACAUUGAUCAGUGAUCUUGAAAUGCAAAGACGAAAAGAAUAAAAACAAUACUAUGUAAAAAAAUAAACAUAUAAUUUUUUUUUUUGAAAUGCAAUAAAGAUUGCAUGUGCUAUGCUAAACAGUACAGUGGCAGAAGGCUGGGCUUUGUUGUGUUGAAUCUGUUGGAAAAACAAAUCCUGUUUGCCCCAACCUCAGCUCCUGUUAAACCGCAGUUAGCCACCCCGGUUGUUCUCCAAUCUCUCCUCUGGGAAUCCCAGCUCUUUUAUUUUAAUUUGAUCUAAACCAGAGCCGGUGCACCUGUUUCCAGUAAUCAUAAGGACCUUGAGUAGGUGAACUGGUUCAGAACUACAACAGCAUCAUUAACAUCUGGUGUUCUCAGAAGGAGAGCCAGGAGAACCAAACUACCUGCUGAACUUUAAGCAGCCUUAAAGAACAGCGGGUUAGCUGAACACCUCCAAACCUCUAGACUGUUCCUGGGGACUGGAGAGUUGGAGUGUUUCAGGAGUGUAACCUACAGUUGACGGGCAUAUACAGGAAAACGAAAAAAAAAAUCACGCUCCCCGCUGAGUCACGCACCCUCGACUGAUUUCCCCCGUGCUCUCUUGUCCGUCACACAUCUCUUUUUGAUGACAUAUGAAAUUAAAUGGGAGAAAAAAAAACUGAAUACAUGUCAUUAUUUGCCAGCUGUCUCUCCUCAGCUGCUCUCUGAGGGGGCAAAUAAACCCACAUGCAUAACAGUACACUCUUCCUCUGACAGCCCCCCUGUGUCGUCAGGGGCUGGGCCGAGAGGUCCAAAAGGGAAAUAACAGGCAGCCGGGCAGAAUCGGCUGAAGUGAGCCACAGGGACUGAAUCAGCUGUAGCUCAUUUUGCCGUCUUGUGUACAUAUGCGUUUCAGAACAAUCAAAUACUUUCUUGACUACACAUACGAGACUCGGGGUUGUGGGAAAUCCUGUUUUGUUAUGACUGUAUCUCUGAAAAUCAGUAAAUCUGCUUUUUGCCUUUGUACUUGGUUUGUAUUUUAUUGUUGUUGUACUGUACCUUGCCACCUGCAUAUCCUCUUGAGUAUUUAAACAAACUGAAUACCUACGCAAAGUAUAUCAUCUUUUUAACAUAAUUAAAGUUAACUGCCCACUGA